UAGAUAGGCACUAGCUUUACUACCCGGCUUCGCCCGGGUCUUGGAUCCACGACGCUAGGCCGCCUUUGUCUCCCCAGUGGCGAUGUUCAUACGCCACAGCAGUUACUCGUUUUGAGGCUGAGUCGACCUAGGGGAGGCCCAGGACCGGUUGAAAUAAUCGUCACCGGUGGUGGCCGUGAGCGGGAAUGGAACUCGGGUCGCCGGGUUCGUAGCGCGGCGUGCUAACCACGACACUACAAUGCGUAACGCUACCGUUGUAGGGUUUGUGUAAGGCGCGCCGAUCCGUUGUAGGAUUUGUGUGAGGCGCGCCGAUCUGUUGUAGAGUUUUAGUGAGGCGCGCCGAUCCGUUGUAGGGUUUUAGUGAGGCGCGCCGAUCCCCCGCGCUACAAUAAUACUGUGUAAUCGCUAUAAUUUUAUUAUCUAUCGAGCCUAUAAUAGUAAUUGCACACAUUGGGGUGGUGGGGGAGUGAAGAGGACGUGAAAGUUUGAUGAAUUUACCUCAGAGUGGCGUGGUGGGUGUCGAGGCCUAGCACCGUGCAGAGCCUCCGGCCUCGCCUGAUUUUCCCACCCGGCUGACGCUGGGUACGGGUGCCGUUCCCCCCCCCCCCGCGCUACAAUAAUACUGUCUAAUGGCUAUAAUUUUAUAAUCUACCGACCCUAUAAUAGUAAUUGCACACAUUGUGGUGGGGGGGGGAGUGAAGAGGACGUGAAACUUUGAUGAAUUUACCUCAGAGUCGCGUGUUAAUGCGUGCGCCUAUUUUUAACGGGAAUUAAAAAUGGCGAAUGCGUCGCUACCCGUUGCCAGGGGCAACCGCCGGACCAAUCGUGUGUCGCAAAUCCCUGACAUUUCGUCCAAUGAAAUUGCGUAUGGUCCGGCGACACACAGACACACAGACAGAUUCACGAUUUUAUAUAUAGAUCUGUGUGGGUGGCUUUCCUGUAGACUGAAUGUCCCAACGAGCCAUCAGGUCUCUUCUCGAUCACUACAUCCAGGAAUGCUGCGGGAGGGGAGGUUUUGCUCGGUCGAGGGGGCCCUUUGGUGCAAGUGGAGGAGCUUUGGAUGAAAGGGGAGGAGCUUCAGAUGAGAGGGGAGGAGCUUUGGACAAGAAGGGAGGAGCUUCGGGCCGACGGAGAGAACGUCAGCUCUGGUGGAGGAGAGGUCCUCAUGGUCGAAAUUAAAGCAGAGGACCUCCCUGUUGAAGGGGAGGACCCCCACAUCAAAUUGGAGGACACCUGGGGUGGCGGAGGAGGUGAGCCACAGAAUGGCAAUGGUGACCUUCGGGCGAAAGCGGACGACCUUUGCGCUCGCCGGGACGGAGACGCGUGGCCGAGCGGUGACCUCGGCGUCAAGCAGGAGGACGUCCGGGCCGACGGGGAUGCCCUUGGUAGGAAAGUUUCGGAGCUCACGGUGGAAACGAGGCGACCGCCGGAGCAGCUUCGCAUCAAAAAGGAGGAGGAGGAGGAGGACCUCCUCGAGGCUGACGCAGUGAACACCGUGGUCGGCGGCGAGAAGCCGCCCAUUAAACAGGAGGUCUUCGUGAGCGGUGGAAACGAGCCGCGCGUUAAGCAGGAGGAUCUCCACUUUGACAUCCGUAUCGACGGACGCAGCCCUCGGACGACGGGGCAGGCUCCGAGCAUUAAGGUGGAAGAAAUUUGUACAGAGGGGGAGCAGCGUCUCGACGGCAGCGUGCUGGACCUCCCCCGGGUUAAAGAGGAGGGCGUCCAAAUAAAAAAAGAGGACCUUCGAGACGACGGAGGAGAGGACCUGCGGGCCGGAGGUUCAGUUGCGAAGCGGGCGUUCCCAGAUGUGGUGGAGGUGGAGGUGAUGAUGGAGCACGUGGAUGAGAUGAUGGAGCACGUGGAUGAAGAGUCGAACGGAGCGGGCGAGAUGGCCGAACGGGGAAGGCACCGCUGCUCCGUGUGCGCCAGGGAGUUCAGCCGGGAGCGUGGGCUCCAGGUCCACACGUGGCAACACUCGAGCCACCGCCGCCACCGUAAGAAGGCCCUGCAGUGCGACCUCUGCGCGUACAGCACGAGGCUCAAGAGCGACCUGGAGAGGCACCUACGGACCCACCAUGACGACGAUGAGGAUGAGAGUUCGGCAAACUGGGAGCCGUCGGCGGCAAUAUCGGCCGUCUCGAGACGCACGGCACCAAGUGGACCCGUCCCUCGUAACCGCCGUGCGACACGUGCUGCAGCGGAGAGUGGGCCCGUCUCUAAUAACCGCCGUGCGACACGUGCUGCAGCGGAGAGGGGGCCCGUCCCUAAUAACUGCCGUGCGACACGUGCUGCAGCGGAGAGGGGGCCCGUCCCUAAUAACCGCCGUGCGACACGUGCUGCAGCGGAGAGGGGGCCUGUCUCUACUGACCGCCAGAGGAAAGCCACAGCAGCAGAAGGUGAGUCCGUCUCGAAUAACCGCCAGACGAGACACGCACCGAAGAGGACGACGGAGGAGAAGAAUCUGCCCCAGGCGCACGAAGGGACGGAUAACGGAGGAGGCCCUGCGGAGGCGCCCCCCCGGGCGAGGCUCCACGAUUGCCCCACGUGCGGCAAGGCGUUCUCGCGCGCCGCCCACCUGCGGCGCCACUCGCGCGUCCACGCGACCUUGCGCCCGCACGGCUGCCCCGUGUGCGGCAAGGCAUUCGCCCACGCCGACGACCUGUCGGCGCACACCCGGGUCCAUGCGGCCGACCCCGGCGGGCACCCCUACCGGUGCGCCCACUGCGGCGCCUGCUUUCGCCGGCCCUCGCACCUCCUCGCGCACGAGCGGACGCACACGGGUGAGCGGCCAUUCGCGUGCGCUCACUGCGGGAGGGCGUUCGCCCACGCGGCCACCCUCCGGCGGCAUGAGCGGGCGCACGCAGGCGAGCAGGCGCACGCACGCAAGCGACGGCACGCAGGUGAGCAAUCGCACCGCUGUGACACGUGCGGGUCGCUGUUCUCGCGCAAGUGCCACCUGCGGCGGCACCGCGAACGGAAGCACACGCGCGGCAGGGAACGCCACGCGUGCGCGCUCUGUCCCGUUGCGUUCUACUCGGAGGCGGCGCUGGCCAGACACGAGGAGCGCCACCUGCGCAAGGGGGCGGCUAGAGGAGCGAGGGGGGGGAGGGGUUACUGCGAAGUCGGAGUGUCGGAGCGGCCGCGGAGACGGAGGAGCGGCCACGGAGAAGCCGGCAACGACGACGCGGAAACGGGAGUAGCGCCCGAGACGCUCGCUGUGCCUGGGAAGCGACCGCUCCCUCCCCUCGCCCACCCCACUGACGGAGACGAGAAGCUGGCGUGAAAUGACCGGACCGGUAGCGCCGACUAUCCUCAACCUUCGUGUGCAUCCCGUUCCGUUGUUAUGCAUAAUGUACUGUAUGUAUGUUAAAUGUCUCUUUUGCACCUCCGUACAUAGCUGACCAUAGCUGAUUGGAGGUGCGGGGAGAAGAACAACAAAUCAAACACAACAACAACAAGCAGUUCUCAAGAAACAAGUUUGUCAAUCUCGAUUAUGACUUAACACAUUCCUGCGGAGGGAGCUGGUAGGAACGUUGGGUUGCUCGGUCAAUGGCCAGGGUCAACGGCGGCGUGGUGUAUUCCGCAAAUAUGCCCGACUGUGAGGGCGGGCACAAGCCGGCAUGAGUAGGUAAAACGUUGAGUUUUAUAAGGGCACCACGGGGUGACCAGCCCCUCCCCACCCAGCCCCACCCCUCCCACCCCCUACACAGCCCCACCCUCCCCACCCAGCCCCUCCCCACCCAGCCCCUCCCCACCUUCCCCACCCAGCCCCUCCCACCUGUUGUAUAUAUGAGCCUUUUUCCAAAAUUCAUGUUAAGAAUAAUUCGGCCAAUAUAUAUAUAUUUUUAAUCAACCGCGGGGUAGCACGAGGCAAAGACAAAAUUGUAACAACCACCAUCACCACAGCUGCCUUUCGGAACAAAGAGCCUCCCUACCGCAUUUGUCUCCCAGCAACAUGUGGUGGCAAUAAAACUUCCAAAGACGAAUGUGACGCCCUCCCCUCCCACGACGGAAGGAGCCAGUCAUAAAAUCAGAACAACACACAAGUCCCGCCCCCCCCCCCCCCCCCGACGAAGGAUAA